CUUUGUCCGGGUCCCGGCGCUGCUUUCGCCACCACGGCAGUUUCGGGACGAAAAUGGCGGCGGUAUCCGAAGAACACCUGCCGCCGCGUCCCUUUACGACUGGGGCUGCUGCUUCGGCUACCCCGACAACAGGGGGUUUAUCUCAGGGGCCGCCCGGCAACGCCGGGGCCAACCCGCUGUCACGCAAGCUCCGCAAAGUGCUAGAGACGCGGUUGGAGGCCGACAAAGAAAUGUUAGAAGCACUCAAGACUCUUUCAGACUUUUUUGUGGAAAACAGCUUGCGUACCAGGAGAAAUCUGCGUGGAGAUAUUGAGCAUCGAAGUUUAGCUAUCAAUGAAGAAUUUGUCUACAUUUUCAAACAAGUGAAAGAGGAGCUUGAAAACAUCAGUGAAGAUGUGCAGUUAAUGAGUAAUUGCUGCCAGGAUAUGACUAAUCACUUGAAGGCAACUAAAGAGCAAACUCAGGAUUUAAUUGUCAAAACAACAAAGCUUCAAGCAGAGAGCCAAAGGUUAGAAUUAAAAGCACAAAUAGCAGAUGCUUUCAUAGCAGAAUUCCAACUUUCUCCAGAGGAGAUGAAUGUCCUUCGAUGCACCAGAGAUGGGCCAGUUACUGAAAAUUUUUUUAAAGUAUUGAGACGAAUAAAGCAAAUUCACAAUGAUGUCAAGAUUCUUCUGCGUACCAGUCAACAAAGAUCAGGCCUGGAGAUUAUGGAACAGAUGGCACUCCUCCAGGAGACUUCUUAUGAACAGCUGUAUCGUUGGGCCCAAGGUGAAUGCAGGGCUUUAACACAAGAAACCUGUGAUGUUUCUCCAGUUCUAGCUCAGGCAAUGGAAGCUUUGCAAGACAGGCCUGUUCUCUAUAAAUAUACUCUUGAUGAGUUUGGAACAGCCAGAAGAAGUGCUGUGGUCCGGGGCUUUAUAGAUGCUCUUACUAGAGGAGGUCCAGGAGGAACACCUCGACCUAUUGAAAUGCAUUCACACGAUCCUUUGAGAUAUGUGGGAGACAUGUUGGCUUGGCUGCAUCAGGCUACUGCUUCUGAAAAAGAGCACCUGGAGGCUCUCUUGAAACACAUAACCACAGAAGGAGUGGGAGAAAACAUGCAAGAAAUAGUUGGGCACAUCACAGAAGGGGUUUGCCGGCCACUCAAGGUUCGAAUUGAACAGGUGAUUAUAGCUGAACCUGGUGCAGUCCUUCUGUAUAAAAUUUGCAAUCUUCUCAAAUUUUAUCAUCACACCAUUAGUAAUAUUAUAGAAAACAGUGCAGCCAUGCUGUUAACUACGAUAGAAGAGAUGCACCUUUUGAGCAAAAAGAUAUUCUUCAAUAGUUUGAGUCUCCAUGCGAGUAAACUGCUGGAUAAGGUUGAACUGCCACCUGCAGACCUUGGUCCAAGUCCUGCACUGACUCAAACACUUGCUCUGCUGCGUGAAGUACUAUCAUCCCAUGACUCUUGUGUUAUUCCUUUGGAUACUCGUCAAACAGACUUUGGACAAGUUCUGUCUUGUGUGCUGGAUCCUCUGUUGCAGAUGUGUACUGUGUCUGCCAGUAACUUGGGGUCUGCUGACAUGGCAACCUUUAUGGUGAAUUCACUUCAUAUGAUGAAGACAAUGCUGGCUCUGUUUGAAUUCACAGAUAAAAGGCUAGAAAUGUUACAAUACCAGAUAGAAGCACAUUUGGAUACCCUUAUAAAUGAACAAGCGUCUUACGUAUUAACUAGAGUGGGUCUAAGUUAUAUUUAUAACAUGGUACAGCAACACAAGACAGAGCAGGGUCCCUUGGCUAAUGUACCCAGUAUGGAUUCUAUGUCAUUAAAAGCUGCAAUGGUCCAGUUUGAUCGUUAUUUGUCUGCUCCUGAUGGCCUGUUAAUGCCACAGAUAAACUUUCUCCUGAGCACAACUGUUAAACAACAGAUAAUAAAACAGUCCACGGAAUUGAUCUGCCACGCUUACACUGAACUCUAUGCAGCUGUGAUGAAUCCUGCGAAUGCUUAUAAAGAUCCGGAAACUAUAUUAUAUAGAUCUCCUCAUCAGGUUCAGUCGCUUCUCUCCUAAUCUUAUCGCCCCAAACCUGAUUUUAACACGCUGACUGCAUUACACGAGAACGGACAUAAUGCAACUUUGAAAUGGUCAUGGACAACUGAGUUUUUUCUUGCAGAAGACUGUUGCUUGGGUUGCAAAUAUACAGGUAAUUUAGCUGAACCCACUGACUUUUUUUGGGGGGGUGUUAAAUUGUAUUGCUGGAUGACAACUUUGCUGCACGCCAGCAUUUAAAGUAAUUUAUUGCAACUUGGGAAAGCUUUGUCAUAAUUCAGAUUACUUUUUGUUAUGAUGGUAAAAUAAAUGGUGGAACCAACGCAUUUUCUUAUUUUGGUGAUUGAGCCAGUAUUGGUAUUGCCCUGCUAUUUUUCCUUUAAGAGUUUUUAACAAAUUAUAUUGAGCCUAUGCACAAAUCACACUUUAGUUUAUUUGAUUAAAACCCCAGUGCUAAUACUCCCAGAUUUUUUGAAAAAUAUCUUUCCUUAUUGAUUUAGUGAGUAAAAAACCAAAAAUUUAGCAAACUCUGGUAGGAGUAAUUUUUUGGGGAAGAAGGACUGGAUUCCAUGAGUUUUGCAUUUUUAACGGCACUGGAUUAGGAUAGCUUUUCAGAAAUUUUAUUUUAAAAAAUCUUACAAGUUGUAUCCUUUCUAUAAUCAGGUAUUCAAUUUACUAGCAAUGAAGAUUAAAAAAACCACUUAAAAUUUAAAACCAUUAAUACUAUUAAAAUAAAUAAUCAGAUGUAGCUGAAGAGAAAGGUCUCAAGUUCUUUCCUGAAAGCCGGAAGAGAAGAUGGAAAAUGUGCAUUCCAUAGUUUAGGAGUGACACUGAAUUUACAUGCUGUGUUCGAAAAGCAGAUUUUUAUAUUUGUUUGAGUACCUCAAAAUACGGAGAGAUUGAAUACUUCUGAAAACACAUGAUUUCUUUUUCACUCUUUUUCGCCCCUUUUUCACUGCGUUAAAACCUCUCUUGGUACCUACAAAACCCUUUGCUCCCUUCCAUUUUUUAAUCUGCAAAGGAUUAUUUUAUUGUCAAAAUUAGUAAGGAAGCUGGCAUAUGCUUCAAAUUAAAACAGAAUUUGGUCUCUGUCAGCAUUUUUCGUAAAUAAAAAUGAGGAAUGGAAGACCUGGGAGGGCUCUGUUUAGGAAUAUGCUUACAAUGAUUAAAAAAAAAAGGGCACAGGUAGAUUCAACUGAGCUUUGAUAAUAUACGCCUAAGGCUUUAGAAAGGAUGGAAAGCUAUAUUUUUGCUAGCUUGCAAAAGUAAAGUAAAUAUUAAUGGGUAAGCCCACAUAACACUAAAUUCUGUGCUCAUGGCUUGCUCUCCCAAUGUGCCAAUUCAUCCCCAAAAUAUUGGAGAAUUGAAGAUUUUAUGAGAGAUUAUACACCGAAGACAAAUUCUUUGUGUGUCCAAUCACACUUUUUUUUGUUUUUUUUUUGUUUACAUUUAUACCCCGCCCUUCUCCGAAGACUCAGGGCGGCUUACAGUGUAUAAGGCAAUAGUCUCAUUCUAUUUGUAUAUUUUUACAAAGUCAACUUAUUGCCCCCCCAACAAUCUGGGUCCUCAUUUUACCUACCUUAUAAAGGAUGGAAGGCUGAGUCAACCUUGGGCCGGGCUCGAACCUGCAGUAAUUGCAGGCUACUGUGUUCUUAAUAACAGGCUUUUACCAGCGUGAUCUAAACCGGCCCAUACUUGACCAAUAAAGAAUUCUAUUCUACUCUAUUCUGUUGAAUGGCUUCCUGGGAAGCCUGUGCUCCUCCUUGUAGACCCUUUGUGUAAUUCUGUGCGUCCUAGUUUGAAAAUGCUGGGAUACAUUUCCAAGUACAACAGAUUCUCCAGUGCAGAUCUGUAACCUCCUUUGAACACAGGAGAGUGAGGGUGAUAAGAAGGGCUGGUCUGGUUAAUGCAACUCACCUUCCUCUUCUCUGGCAUUAAAAGUGGGCUGUUUUCUGGAUGGUUAUGCUUCUCAGCAAAAUUGGUUAAAGAGCACCAGAAUAGUUCUCAUUGUGUAAAUGUUCUUUAAUAUCAUUUGGGAUGUGGUGAAGAAUUUUACAGAGCUGAAAGAACAAUUUUAGACGUCACUCUAAAUUUCAUUUAACACCUGAAAUAUCUUUUGAAAGGAUUCUGUGCCGUCUGCUAAAGUGCAUUUAGUUAUGCAAGGACCUCUGAUUCAUCUGAUCCACAUUAGGGCGAUUUUCUGCUUCAUUUAAUAGUGCUUGCAAGCACUGUUCUCUCUAAGCUGCACGCGUGCGCAAAUGCGCACUGCUGACACGGUCUCCGCGCACAGAAAAUCUGUGCUGCGCA